AUGAAUGUGGAAGAAUACUUUCCCGAAGGUCUGUCAGUCAUACAUCACGACGAGAGCCAUCGCGAAAAGCGAGCAUCAAAAGAGGUUCGACUGCCAGUUCAACUCCCCAUUUGUUCUUUUUUCUAGGAAAUCCAGACGCCAUCUGCCGCAAUUCACUGUCACAUCUGUUACAAGAGCAUCCAUGGCGCCGUGAACAAUGUCGAUUUCGUCAAGCCUUGCAAUUGCCAGCUGUGAGAUUUUCUGAAAUAUUUUACAUAACCAUUAAGCCGUUCGGCUUUCAGAAUGUUCGUCCAUUCUCGGUGCGCUUCUAGAAAUAGAGUCAAAUUUGGAGAGGCGAAAUGCAGCAGUUGUGGUCAGGGGAGCACAAUCCCCCGAACAGCAAAGUUGCAUCAUUUCGGAAAGAUCGCCAGUUUAUCCGGCGGAGGUUCAGAAGAAGGAAUGACCUGUUCAGUGUGUGACGAUAAGAACUACGAAAACGAUACACAGAACAAUAAGAAAACAUUGGGCAAAAAAAUCAAGCCGUGCUUCUGCGGGUUGGAUGGUUUUUCUCUUUCAAACCAACUUGUUAUUUUCCAGAAAAGUGAUGCACUUUGGCUGUUUGUCGUCUCUUCUGAGUGAAAAAUCCUCGUGUCUGGAGUGCAGUGUAUUGUAUUAUGCUCUCGAGCCGGCCUCUCUGAAAGAAUUCUUCGCACGAAACUGGAUAUGCUACACACUGUAUAUCACUCUGCUCGCCAUUUUGUCAACUCUUUUGGUGAUGGCAUCCAAGAAUUCCAUAAUUUUCCCAACAAAAAGCAGUGAAACUGGAGCAACUACUAAAAAGAUCAGUAUGUUUCCAUCAAAACGACACGUAAAGCAUCCAGUCUCCCAGUACUCACCAUCACUGCUGUCUUCUUCCUUCUUGUUAUCGCCGCCAGCAUGCUCUUCGUCAUCAAAUACACAUUAUCUCGUGCGAUCCCGAGAUUCAGAGUCAGUCGAGGAAAAGUGAUUUUGAAGCCAUUCAAGACGGGAAGCGGAGAAAAACCGUCGAAGAAAUUGCUCUUGCCAGUUCAAGAAGACAAUUUUGAGGACAUUCCAUUAAACAAUCUGAGAAAAUCGUCAUCAGGAGACGUCGAAGAAGGAGAGGAGGUCAGUUAUUAGUAUCAUUGAUCAGCUGAUUGAGUUUCUAGCCGGCGGAAGACGUGCGCGCAAACGAGAUCGACGACAUGACUCUCGGGCAACACAUGUUCGGAGUCUACGCAACCCAUCAUUCCUCAUCGACCCCAAUCGAAAAACCUCCGCUUGGAUUCGUGUUCAACUCAGUCUAA